GAGCUUUCACUCACCACAGCCUCAAAAAUCUCCGUAAUUUUCCAGCACUGUCACAGUCAUCGAUUGUUUCUCCGUCGUUAAUCUCCGGCUUUCUUUCUCUCACUCAAAAUUUGUCAAAAAUGGCGACGGGACUGAACACUAUCGGGCCACUAGCAGUGGCCCUGCUCGCAGUAUGGGCGAUCGCAGUAGUGGACUCCGCGCACCAUGCAGCGCCGGCGCCGGCGGCGGAUUGCGGCAGCGUGAUCCUCAACCUGGCCGAUUGCCUCACCUUCGUCACCAACGGCAGCACGGAGGCGAAGCCGCAGGGGACCUGCUGCUCCGGCCUCAAAACGGUGCUGAAAACCAACGCGGAGUGCCUGUGCGAAGGGUUUAAGAACAGCGCCCAGCUCGGCGUCGUCCUCAACGUCACCAAAGCCCUAGCUCUCCCCUCUGCUUGCCAUGUCUCCGCUCCCUCCGUGAGCAACUGCGGCUUGAACAUCGGCAGCAUUUCUUCUCCCGCUCCAUCGCCAUUACCGCAACCUCCAAGCUCAAUUGCAGUCGCACCUAUAGGAUCUAGUCAGGUAGCACCCGGGCCAGCUCAGGCAUUGCCACCGUCUUCUGCAAUGGCACCGGCGGGAUCCAUUGCCGCCACCUUGACCGCGGUGGCAGCAGCAUUGGUGGUGGUGUUUUGAGACAGGGUUGGAGAAUUGUGUUUGUGAUGUUUGAUCAUAGUAGUAUAGUGGUAUAUUUAGUAGGUGGUGUUUGUCUGGUAUUAGCUGGAAUUAUUGUCGUAAGGGAGAAAACAGGGUAUUAAAUUGGUGUCAUAUGCCUGCAGGUUUUGAGUCUGAAUGAUUAUGGAUGGGGACAUGAUUGCUGGUUUCAUAUUUGUUCUUUCCUUC